UUUCCGCUGCCCUAUUCUCUCUCAUCCUUCUUCUUCCUUCUUCCUCUUUGCUCAGCCAUGACUGGUGCCACUCCCGUCAAAUCCCCUCACACGUUCCAUCCGGCGCUCGCCGUAUCCAAUAUCAAAAAUCAUGUCUCUGUGAUUCUUGAGAUGGAAAACUCUCAAUAUGGAACGUGGGCUGAGCUCUUUAAGAUCCAUGCCCGCUCUCACAAAGUUCUUCAUCACAUUAUUCCUCCACCCAAAGGGAAAGAGCAACCGACACCGUCGACCAAUGCCGAACUUGAGCUAUGGACCACCAUUGAUGCCACUGUGCUCCAAUGGAUAUAUUCGACUAUUUCGAAUGACCUUUUAAACACCAUUAUCGAACCCGAUGCUACUGCCAUGGAAGCAUGGGAUCGGUUACGUGACAUUUUUCAAGAUCACCAAAACUCACGUGCAGUGACUCUUGAGCAGGAAUUCACCACCACUCGCAUGGAGGAUUUUACGUCGGCUUCCGCAUAUUGUCAGCGUUUAAAGAGCCUUGCGGAUCAACUUAAAAAUGUAGGGGCCCCGGUUAGCAGUAGCCGCUUGGUUCUUCAACUUGUGUCGGGUCUCACCGACGCCUACAAAGCCGUAGGAACACAAAUUCGCCAUGCUAAGCCUCUUCCCUCUUUCACCGAGGCGCGUUCUUCUCUUGUCUUGGAAGAACGUGAACUUGCUGCCAUGGCUUCACACGGUUCUGCUUCCGUUCUAGUGGCUACUCUUGAUGAGGUAUCUUCUCCAUCUGAAAAUUCGGGCUCCUCCAAAGGAAAAAAUAAAAAUACUGCUCGUCCUUCUGGUGGCCGGAAAGGGGGUUCUGGUCGGGGCUCCGGUGGCGGCAGGGUUGGCUCUGGUGGCCAGCGCGGUGGUGGUCGCAGUACCGGCGGUCCGGUUCGGCAGCAGCAGCCAUGGCAGAUGGGCCAUUGGCAGUGGAUACCGGCUCCCCCUCCUCCUUGCCCUUUUCCUACUACACGUUGGGCUCGACCCACUGCUGCCCCAGCAGGCCCAACGAGGCAGGGAGGAGUGUUGGGCUCACAUCCAGCUCCUCAAUUAUAUAAUGCAGAAGCUCCUGCUUCCUUGGUGCCCACGGAUAUUGAGACAGCUCUACACACCAUGACUUUGACUCCUCCUGAUCCGACAUGGUACAUGGACACUGGCGCCACAUCUCAUAUGACCUCCACAAACGGAUUUUCGGACGGGGGUGCCGAUAAUGCGAUGUGAUAGCGGGGGUGACUUAUAUCCCAUUACCCCUACUACUCUUCCAAACACAACUCCAUCAACCUUUGCUGCUUUGUCUCCUACACUUUGGCAUGCUCGUUUGGGUCACCCGGGAGCAUCUAUUUUGGAGUCUCUUCGGCUCAAUAACCAUAUUGCUUGUAAUAAAACUAGUAGUUCUUGUGUUUGUCAAUCCUGUGUUUUGGGUACUCAUGUUAAGUUACCAUUUGCUUCAUCUACUUCUGAAACUGUGAUGCCAUUUGAUAUCAUUCAUAGUGAUUUAUGGACCUCUCCUGUUUUAAGUUC